CCUGUGUAUACGCAAAGAUGGAGUCGAAAAUUUAUAAUGGCGACAAAUCUGUGAAAAUCUUGUAAAUAAUCAUAAAAAUUGCAUUGUCCCCAAAAAUGCAAAUGCAAUUACGAAAAACUCGAGCAGCAGAAGCGUGGCAAUUAUAUAAAUAAAUUAAGCAAAACAAAAACACAGAAACGCACAAAGUGUGUGCCAAAUACCGAACAAAACAAACCGAAGCAAAAGAACGUGAGAAGAGGAGCGGACCGGGAAAAAGAUAAUAACUUGCCUGGAGAGGAGUGCUGAGCACGCAGGACUGCAAAGUGGCGUCGCUACUGGAGAUUAGGGCUGGGGCAGCAGCGGCGUCCAUGUCCAAGGGGCGGCACAAUAAUAACCACUAUUGCACCACUACCAGGAGAGCGCAGCAGCAGCAGCCGGUGUGGUGUCGCCAAUUGUGGCCUUAAGCAUGUAGUCUUGAAGCAAGAACCCGUUCUCUUACCAAGCACAAGACACGAGGAAGAAGAAGUAAAUCAAAACAGCAGAAACACACAAAACAAACUCGACACCAAUGAAAAAUGUCACAAAGAGGUAAGCGCGGUAAUCAACAUCAUCAUCAGUCGCAUCAUCCGCCGCCGCAGCAGCAACAGCGGAAGGAUGUUGAGCCGCAGCCGCCCCCCACCAAACGGCGUAAAGGCAGACCGCCCAAUGGGGCGACAACAGCAGCGGCGGCAAUAACAGCGACAGCGGGAGCGGGAUCAACAACAGGAGGAGAUCGAGUUCCAAUUAUACCAUCAAGUAAAAGCAAAAACGAUGUGGAACAGGAGCUUGAUAUUGGUGAAGGAGGAAAUGAAAGUGGACUACUUGGAGCCGCCAGCAGCAGCAGCAGCAUUAGCAAAUCCAAGUCAACGAAGCAGGCCAAAUCGUCUAGUAAAUGCAAGUCGCAGGGGGCAAGUACGAGCAGCUCAUGGCAGGCUCGCUCCGUGGCAGACAUUAAAAUGUCGAGCAUUUACAAUCGCAGCUCAACGGAGGCCCCAGCUGAACUUUACCGCAAGGAUCUCAUUAGCGCAAUGAAAUUGCCAGACUCGGAGCCAUUGGCCAAUUAUGAGUAUUUAGUUGUUGCGGAUCAAUGGAAGCAGGAAUGGGAGAAGGGCGUACAAGUACCUGUUAACCCGGACUCCCUUCCCGAGCCAUGCGUUUACGUUCUGCCUGAGCCAAUUGUGUCGCCAGCCCACGACUUUAAGCUUCCGAAAAAUCGCUAUCUGCGCAUUACCAAAGACGAGCACUAUUCGCCGGAGCUGCAUUGCCUGACGAAUGUCGUUGCCUUGGCAGAGAACACCUGUGCCUACGACAUAGAUCCCAUUGAUGAGGCCUGGCUGCGUCUCUACAAUGGCGAUCGUGCCCAAUGCGGUGCUUUCCCUAUUAACGAGACACAGUUCGAGCGCGUCAUUGAGGAGCUGGAGGUUCGUUGCUGGGAGCAGAUUCAAGUCAUUCUUAAGCAAGAGGAAGGCUUGGGCAUUGAGUUCGAUGAGAACGUCAUCUGCGAUGUUUGUCGGUCCCCCGACUCCGAGGAGGCCAACGAAAUGGUAUUCUGUGAUAAUUGCAAUAUCUGUGUGCACCAGGCUUGUUACGGCAUUACAGCAAUCCCAUCAGGUCAAUGGCUAUGUCGCACCUGUUCCAUGGGCAUAACUCCUGACUGCGUACUCUGUCCGAACAAGGGUGGUGCCAUGAAGUCCAACAAAUCGGGCAAGCACUGGGCCCAUGUUUCCUGCGCCCUGUGGAUACCCGAAGUGAGCAUUGGAUGUGUGGAUCGCAUGGAGCCGAUAACAAAAAUCUCAAGCAUUCCUCAAUCGCGUUGGUCUUUGGUCUGCGUGCUCUGCCGAAAGCGCGUGGGCAGCUGCAUCCAAUGCUCGGUGAAGCCCUGCAAGACAGCAUACCAUGUGACCUGCGCAUUCCAGCACGGCUUGGAGAUGCGGGCCAUUAUCGAAGAGGGCAAUGCCGAAGAUGGCGUGAAAUUGCGAUCCUAUUGCCAGAAACACAGCAUGAGCAAAGGCAAGAAGGAGAACGCUGGCGGUGCAAGUCGGGGAGGCAGUGCCUCGGUCACGAAUUCUAUGCACAAAGCGAACAAGUACACAGGUGGCACAGGCGGAGUAGGAGACGAGGGCAGCAGUGCUUGUAGUAAGACAGGAGAGGAUCAACGCAGGCGUAAGAAUCAUCGAAAGAACGACAUGACCUCCGAGGAGCGUAACCAGGCAAGGGCUCAGCGUCUUCAGGAGGUGGAGGCGGAGUUCGACAAGCAUGUGAACAUUAAUGACAUCAGUUGUCAUUUAUUCGAUGUGGACGACGAUGCCAUUGUGGCCAUAUACAACUAUUGGAAGCUGAAGCGAAAGUCGCGCCACAAUCGGGAGCUGAUACCGCCCAAGUCUGAGGACGUGGAAAUGAUAGCCCGCAAGCAGGAGCAGCAGGACUUAGAGAACCAUAAGCUGGUGGUUCACCUGCGGCAAGAUCUAGAACGAGUUCGCAAUCUCUGCUAUAUGGUUAGCCGGAGGGAGAAACUGUCGCGCUCCCUAUUCAAGCUUCGCGAGCAGGUCUUCUAUAAGCAGCUGGGAGUGCUCGACGAAAUGCGCCUGGACAAGCAGCAGCAGAAGCAGGAAGAAAAGCAGCGUCCCGACUUGGACAUGGACGCUGUAAUAUACGCCAACGAUGGGCCUACGUUGUACGAUCGCUUCUACAGCUCGGCUGGAGGACAAACUGUGCCGGCACAGUACCAGGAUCUGAAGUACAUCCUCGAGCAGCUCAUGGGCAAGCUACAGAGUGGAAAGCAGAGGCGUGGACGUGCCUCCCAGUCCCCCAACAAGCGUAAGCAGGUGGCUAAGGCUUCUCCUACUAAGAAGAUCAACAAUGGCUCCAUUACCUCCCGCACAUCUUCUCCAGAGAAGCCGGCAGCGAUGGGCAAAGCGGCAUCCAUGUCCUCCACUGCUGUAAAGGUGCGGGGGGUGCCGCCUGGGAAACCUCCUGCAGGGAGGCGUGCCUCAAAGAGCGGCGCGGCGACGGGGACGUCGACCCACAACAAAACCCAAUCACAACCGCAUUCCCACAUCCGGAGCAGUGCGUCCUCCCAUACGUCAAGCGGCAAUUCAUCAUCUGGUGAUUCCAGCUCGCCGAAUGGCACCAGUAGUUCCGACAGUUCCUCUGCAAGCGAUUCAGGCAGUGAAAGCGGAAGCUCAAGCGCGGCCAGCGGAAUCUUCAAGCGAAAGUCCUCCUCCACAGGAAGUCUCCUUAAAAAGCAAAGCUACGCUCGCUCCGUGGAGCAGCGACAGAAACAGCGCCAGCGUCGCCAAAGUGAGGCGGCUGAGGGUGUGCCUGCGGCGUCUCCGAACUCAAGAUCUGCCACAAGCUCUAGCGAAGAUGAGGACGAGCAGCAGAGGAGGAGGCAAGAAUCUGAGCGUGAGGGCCGCGGACGGGGAUCAAUUUACAACAAAACAGUACCUAACAGAACCCAACCAACUAAGUCAAAGCACUGCAGUCAAGCAGAUGCUGGAGCCGAAGUCGGAAUGGGAGCCAGACAAAAAUUGUCUACAACAACACGAGGAUUGGCUCAAAUGCACAAGGAUGCCGAGGAGAGCUUGUCGAGCGAUGGGAGUGAAGAACUGCUGCCUCUGAAAGGCGAACGGCCGGUCAUUUCAUCGUCGGGACUGGCGCUAUCUGGCCCGACGACCGGUGGCACAAAGAUGGGGCAACACAUUUACUCUGACUCAGAGAGCAGUUCUUCCCCUAACGAGAAGGAGCUGGAAGAAGUAACCACUCUCGAGAGUAACGUAAGUGACUCUCAGAACCAGCAGACUAUACGUACAAAGGCAGCUAUGAAAGAGUUUGUGCCAGGGACAGCUGCAACAUCGACCCAAUCAGCCACAACUGCCACAGCCGCUGCCAGCAAAUCCACAAAAGAGGCGAAAGAAGGAAGCACCAGCUCCAAAACGAAUUUCAACGCCAAGUUGCCAUAUCCAGCGGAUCUCCUGGUAGUCCCACAGCGUCAGGCGGCCAAGAAGGCUUCCGAAAACAUGCGCUCCACGAAUCUUGCAGCAACACUGCAACCAGAUGCCGCGGAAAGAGUGCGGGAGCCAGAAACCAACUCGGCUGCUCCAAUCGGAAAGAACAAGCCCAAGGAUUCCGUUUCAAAGCAAGCGACGGAGGCGGAGAGAUUCGGAGGGGGAGACAAGGCUCGAACCAAAGAGCACGCCAAGCCUACAGCGAAGUCGGUUGGAGAAGGGAUUGUGGAGCGUGGCAAGCGUGGCAGACCGCCCAAAGUGCCAAGAGAUCCCACUGCCUCCUCCAACACCAGCAUUGAAAAAGGGAAACCACCUCCGCCUGCCGAAGCAAAGUCUAUUGCUCUUGUUUCAAAUACUAGCACAGCCAAGACCAGUUUCGCUGUCUCCUAUGUGCCACAGAGACAAGCAGCUAAGAAGGCGGCGGAGCAGCUGAAAAGCAGCAAGCCCCUGCAGGAAACUGCUUUCUCAAAUGCGAACGAGUCUGCAGAGAAGGAACUAUCGUCGACAACAACGGGGACGGCUUCGACAGGAACAACAACAACUUCGGCAAAACCCACGAGAAGAACUUCACUGAAGGAAGCACCUAACCCUCCAAAGGAAAGCUUAGGUAACCGGAGAAAGUCGAAGGAGGAGGCAGUGGUGAUGGCAACCAAAACGACAACACCAAUAAAGCGUCGGAUUGCGGCACCCAAUUUGUCCAGCUCCAGCUCUGGGGAUAGUGAAAGCUCCAGUUCGUCCAGCAGCUCAGGGAGCAGCUCGAGCAGUGGCAGCGGUAGUGAUUCCGAAAGCGAAUCGGAGGCCAGCGAUGCAGAUAAAGCAAGGAAAACAAACAAGGAGCCAGCUCCAAGCGCUGUAUCAUCGUGCAGUACCGUUUCCUCCAAUGUGCCAAAGCGUUCACCGCGUAAAUCUAUGGACAAGCCUGCAGCAUCAGGAGCAGCCGCGGCCACCGCGCCGCCCCCGCCACCACCGACUCUACCUGUUAGGACGCGUCAGAACUCCACCAACAAAUCGCCAAAGAGAGCACCCCAAAAAUCGGUGGCCACGAUUGCAAUUCAGGACGAUGCCCAAGAUGCCCCCAAAAUGCACCACUAUCGCCGCCAAUCCUCUCCAGACGACGGAACGAAGCAAGUCCAGUCGGAACAAUUCACCAAAAGAGCAACGCGUGGGUCCAAGUCACGCCCUCCCUCGCCAUCGGUAAAAUCCUCUCCAGAAAAACCAACCCCACGACGAAAAUCUCGAGCUGACGAGUCACCCAAAAAGUUACCAAACUGGGAGCAUGAAAUAAAUCAGAGAAAGGCGGCCAGCGGAAAAGCUACCAGCGCGUUGGACAAGAUGUUGGAUAAAAAACAGCAGCAAAUCAACAAUUCCACGCCGGCAUCACCUCCCAGAAAAUCACCCAUUCCUACGCCUCCUACACCUCCGCCAGCUCCUUCUCCGCCGCCCGGUAAGCCCCAACAUGAUCCUGAGCCUGUCGUCGAACCCGCGAUGGGUAUAAAUCCCGAACCAGAGCCGGAACCGGAACCCACAACAGAGGCAGGGGAAUUGCCCAUGGAUAUUGAUGAGGAGCUGACCACCGCUCCAACGCAUACGCAGUUAUCGGCCAAUGCCAGAAAACUUGCAGACAUCAUUGAUGACGAGCGGCCGCCCGCCGCUCCACUUCCUGCCUCGCCCACACCUACGCCCACCUCUAACGACGAGUUAUCGGAUGCCGGAAGUGAUCUCAGCGCGCGGUGUCGCGGUCGCUGGCGCUCGAGGCGGAGGAGGAGGAGACGAAGCCAAGAGCCAGACGAAGAGCACACCCAUCACACGCAGCACCUCUUAAACGAAAUGGAAAUGGCACGCGAGUUGGAGGAGGAAAGGAAGAACGAGCUGCUGGCGAAUGCUAGUAAGUAUUCCGCGUCAACAUCGUCUCCAGCAGUGACUGUCAUUCCCCCCGAUCCUCCGGAAAUCAUAGAAUUGGAUUCAAACUCUGCCAACUCGGGAGGAGAUCAGCAACAGCAGGCGCAUCCGCAUCUGCAACUGCAGGAGCAACCGUUGCCACAACAGCUGAUGGUACACUCACCCCCAAGCGAGGUAGCCUCUUCCAUUCAGCAGCAGGAACCAUCGCACCAGACCUUAAUCGACCAGUUGCCGGUGGAGCACAUGGCCCCUGUGCUGACAAUCGGUACAACGGCCCCAUGUGUCCUAGAGCCGAUUGUAAACACCAUUCUAGAGAUGGAGGACAGCAAGUUUGCGAAUAACUUUGCGUCAAGCCUCGCCAGCGUGCUGAAUCCGCCCAAUCCCGGGCAGAUGAGCCUCCUCGGAUCGAGCCUAGAUAGAGGGGAGCAAAUCUCCGAAGAGGAUAGCAUACAGGCCACCCGAAAUCUCCUGGAGAAAUUGCGGAAGACCAAGCGGAAGGGUCAGGAUGACUGCUGCUCGAAGGAAGUCGUUGACUUGUUGCCCCCCACGCCAGCCAUACCGUCAGUGUUUCCGUUCCACAGUGCUGCUGAUCCCGAGGAUAUUAUUCAUGUCCAGAAGGAGCAACAACAACAGCAAAGUUGCCUAUACGGAAACUCUUCAGGACCGAACUCUGUGGCUUCGCUAACGAUUAAGGACUCGCCGAUGACAGCCAACAGUGGAAGCUAUGCUAAUAGUUUGACCAACACUCCGAAUGCCACGCCCACGAAUACCACAAUGGGAAAUAAUCUGGGAGCAAGCGGUGGCUACCAGGUGAAUUUUGGCAACCCCCAGCAAGCGCCGUCCCUGAGCUGCUUUCUUGAGAAGUCACCCCAUCAAAAGGGGGGAUGUCCACUUUCCAAAAAUGGAGGAGGAGGUGCAGGAGUACCGGGGGCCACUCCAGACUUUGUGGACCUCGCUGCGGCGGCUGUGAAAAAUAGUAUCGGAAGGUACCACGGUGGAGCUGCGGUUCCGGGCCCUCAGUCCGGGGCAGGUGGCAACAGCAACAAACUUAAUGAUUACGACGAGAAUACCCGCAUGCAGUCGCCAUUCGGCCGGAUGCAGCGCUGGAACGAAAACGAUCUCAUAGCAGCGCGGCGCAGUAGCUCCCCCAGCUCAGUUUCCGAGUCAAACGAUCAGCCCCCAACAACAGUGGCUGCCCGCAACAUAUCCCAGCUGGAGGGCUGCAAGACCUUCUUCAACAACUACGCCAGUGGUAAUGGUGGAGGCGGGAGUACAGUCAAUCCCACUACUCCCUACAGUCAUGCUCCUCUGGUCAAUGGAAUAGACGGCAUGUCCAUGUUUAGCAACGCAGUGGCACCCCAGCAACAAACAACGCCGACCCAGCAGCAACAACAGCAGAGGACGCCGAAUAGUCAGUAUAACGGAGGAAUCUAUCCCCAACUGGCGGCGAUGAUGCACACCCAGUCAACGCCAACAGAAGCGACUCCGAGUCUGUACGGCAAUGGUGGAGUCGGUGUGGUGUCUGGUGUGAGCGUGGGUGUAGGUGUGGGAGCUGUACCGACAACACUGCCGCUGCCACCGCCACCACAAGCACCCCAGUAUUCCGGGGCACCAUACACCACGCCCAGCCUGGGAAUGCUGCCCGUUCAGCAGCAGUCUGUCGUUCCGCCCGUUCAAAUCACGACUACCUCAAACCAUCAGUUUGCUUUGGCCUCGCCGGUAGACGGAAAGAUUCCCACCUACCCUGCCCAUCCAACUCAGCUGCUUAGCAGUUGCGUGGAAGCAGCGGUAGUGUCGAUGAUGCCACCAACGACACCAGGUACCGCCGUCGCAAGCAAAGAGUCGCCGAACAAGAGGGGCAGCGUCAAUAGCGGGAGCGCAGCGAAGAAGCAGCCAAGCAAAUCUCCUCAAAUGCCUCAGGGGAAAUCUCCAGGAAAGUCACCCAGGCCACCCCUGCAGCCGCCAACGCCUCCUACGCCCACUCCAGCUGCGACUGUACCACCAUCGAAGUAUGAUCCGCUGACACACACGAUCCAGGGCAAGCCCCGACAACGCGCCCCAAGGGGAAGUGGCGGUUCUGGGGCUCCAGGUAGAGGCAGGGGACGUGGAAGAGGACGAGGUCGUGGAGCAGGGACUGCCAGUGGAAUGGCCAUGUCCCUCCCGCCGCCCAUGUCGGAUUACGGAAGCAACACGCAUAUAGUAAACAACCUGGUGGGAACGCCCUUCGAGUUUAAUAACUACGACGACGACAUGGCGGGACCAGGAGUGGAGAAUCUGCAGUCUUUGAGGGAUCGGCGCAGGAGUUUCGAGCUGCGAACGCCGCGAGGUCAGGCCAAGCCCACACCCACACCCACGCCCACUGCAGCGACAACAACAAACCCGCUGCUGCAUCCUGUGCUGCCGGGACCUGUAGAUAUGAGGACCUACAAUCUCGGAUUCGAGGCUCCGCAUAGCACGGCUUCCCAAGAGGCCUACCAGAACAACCUCCUGGGUGCCUUUGACUCCGGAACCGCAGAUCAAACUCUUAGCGAGUUUGACGAGGAAGAUGAACGCCAGUUCCAGUCAGCUCUUCGGGCGACAGGUACUGGAACCUCGCCCAGCAAGCAGCCGACGGUGACAGCAGCGCCAGUUUCCCCUGCUCCUGCUAAUACUCCUGCUGCAAACUCUCAACCCGCCGCAAAUUUGCACCUCCACUCGACAGAGGCCAAUCAAAUGGCACUGAGUGUCGCUUCCACAGUGGGCGCAACCCACUUGAUGGAGGGAUCGCUGGUUGAGGCUUCCCUAGAGGCAACCUCGGAGGAGGUUUCAAUAGACUCGGACACCACAAUUCUGAACAGCAAAACGUCCAGCGAUGCCCGUAGCCAGUUGAAGCUGAAGAUCAAGAGCCCUCUGGCAUACUCUGGGGAGCACUACAGCACAAUGACAAACAGCCUAAGCAGCAGCCUGAGUCUCUCCAGCAGUACUCUGGUGCAGUCUUCGAGCGCCGUGCAAACAACGGUGUCCACCUCCACUGUGGUCAGUACUUCCUCCGUGGGCAGCGGCAACUCUCGACGAAUGCGCAAGAAGGAGCUGCUCAGUUUGUAUGUAGUGCAGAAGGAUAACCUCAACGACGACAGCUCCUGCGGACUUCCAGCGGCGUCCGACAGCCUUCCCCUGGAUAACCUUCUACGCAAGUCUGAGGAGGAGGAGGAGGAUGUGGCCACCGGCAAUGGAAACGGAAAUGGGUCUAAGAGGUUCAAAAAGAACUCUAGCAGCAGGGAACUGCGCGCUCUCGACGCCAAUUCAGUGCUACAGGAAGACCAACUGCACGCUGGCGUUUCGGGCGGCUGUGCAGGAACGGUAUCUGGCGAUGGGAGACGUCGCAGCGCUUGCAGCUCCGGUAGCAAUAACGACAACAACGGAAAGACCGGUGCGGCCAGCAGUGCAGGUAAGCGUCGGGGACGGAGCAAGACUCUCGAGAGCAGCGAAGACGAUCAUCAGACCCCCAAGUUGAAGAUUAAAAUCCGUGGAUUGUCGGGAAGCGAGGCAGUCGGUUCUGUAGGGAUUUCCAAUGCGGGCGAUAGCAAGAGCUACAGCUAUGAGAUGACUCGCAGAGCUUGUCCUCCCAAGAAGCGCUUGACAAGCAACUACAGCACUCCAACGCUGGAGGAGAUCAAGAGGGAUUCCAUGAACUAUCGUAAAAAAGUCAUGCAGGAUUUUGACAAAGGCGAUGAGCACAAUAAGCGGGAUAACUCUGGCAUAACUUUGGAUGGAGAAUCUCUGAUGCCUCAGCCUCCCAGCAAGCGACCAAAGUCGUCAAAGCCGAAAAAGGACAAGAAGGAGAAGAAACGCCAAAAGCAGAAGCAGCUCAGUUUGAACAGUGGCUCAACCGCAACCACAAUGACUACCACGUUAAUUGAGAACACGGUCAGUGCCUCACCAGGCGAUAAGCCAAAGCUGAUCCUGCGAAUUAACAAGCGCAAAACUGAGACUUCGAUGAAAAUCACUUGCUUGGAGCAGCCGUCGAUGAACGAGGCACCCCUGCGCCUGAAAAUAGCCAGAAACUCCUCGGGAGGAGGGUAUAUCAUCGGCGCUAAAGCUGAAAAGAAGGAAGAUCCUCCACCGGAUGCGCCUAAUGUGUCGCCACAUCAGAUACCGCUGAUGCUUCCUCUCGGGGAGACAUCGCCCCAAGGGCUGCUUCUCAACAGCUUCACCCCGCACUCCCAGAAUGCGAAUGCCUCUCCAGCGCUGCUAGGCAAAGACGCCGGAACGCCAUCGCCGCCCUGUUUGGUAAUAGACUCCAGCAAAAGUGCUGAUGUGCAUGAUUCCACUUCGCUGCCGGAGAGCGGCGUGGCUGCCAUAGGUGUCCCUGCUUCGCUGGUAGGUGCCACUACCCCGCUGUGCGUGAACGUGGGUAACUAUGAGAAUAGCAACAACUCGUUGCCAUCGGCCAGCGGUACUGGGUCUGCGUCCAGUAAUUCCUGCAAUAGUAAUUCGAACAACAAUAAUAACAACAGCAGUGGAGGAGGCUCAGCCAGUGGAGGUGGCAGUUUGCUUCCAUUAAAAAAAGACUGUGAGGUUAGAUGAUAAUCAUAAAAAAGCGAGAGAAUCGCUUAUAUGUGUGUUUUUUUGUAUCACUUCAUUCAUUUCAUUUUCCCCUUGUGUGUGAUCCUUGUCCCUUUUGGUGUAAAUGAGCAUUACCCUUCCAUUCUCUUCCAUGUCCCUCACAAACUUUCAAGUGUACAGCUAGUUUGUAAGCGCCCUUCUUCUACCUUCUACCACACUUAUUUGUCUGUAACAUGUUUGUUGUAAUCGCAUGAGCGUAACAAGAUAUUAUCGAUAUAGACACACGUCUAUAAAUAUAUAUAAAACCAAUACAUAGUAAGGCCUCACUUCAAGAAACAAGUAAAGCUAAUUGUACAUUUUUAGUAAAAGCAGAUUAUACUUUUAAGGUUUUGUAAAAUACUGUAUUAAAGUUAAAAAAAAAAAACAAAACGGAAAGGAACGUGUAACCCAAAAAAUCCAAAAAUGCUCUCGGCUUAGGUUUACGAAUGCCCCCAUUCACCCAAAAAUCCUUCCACUCCUAUUCACUCAGAUUAUCGAUAAAACCAAGCACAUAUACAUAUAUAUAUAUAAAUAUAUAUAUAUGUAUAUAAAUCUAAAAUCUAUUUAUUAAUAACUAUUUAAUUCAAAAAAGCGUAUACUAAUCGUAAAAUAUUAGCAAAAACAAAAGAAACAAAAAACUGUUAAACGCGUGCAAAAGUAACAAAAAACCACUACAAAUGUAGCCUAUAGUCAUUAAUUGUAGUUCUUAGCGAAAAUCAAAGUCGGUAGGUAGUCUCUGACCGCAAUCUAAGUGCAUAUAAUUUCCCGCCCUCACCCCCAGCCUAUACCUAGAGAGACGAACAAGAAAUUAACAAUUUAUCCUACCCAAUUCAAGGGUAAUGUUUGUAUUUUAAAAUGUAAGGGUACGACGAGACGUAUCGAAAAGAAACUCCAAAUGAAAUAGUUUCGUUUUAGUUUUAUUUUUUAGCGAUUUUUUAAAUGUAAAGCAAU